CGUUUCUUCAAGUAGCAACAAAGAGUGAAAGGAAGCGCCCCGAGCCUCCCACGUAACGUGGCCGGAACAGCUGUGCGAUAUAAAGUGGACGCACAAACGCACACAAGCAUGCUACAGCUGGUUCCCAGUGUACAGUAGAAACGAGGCAAUUUUUUUUUUAACUAGGUCACACCGCACCCGAUUGCGUUAUCGCACUCGAUAGCGUGGCCUGGGUUGGUUCCAGUGUUCGUUCCUUCUUGGGCGUGACGGCGGAUGAACGCAUCGCACCAGUAGUCGUGAACAGGAUGUCACUCGAUUCAGAAUACUCCGUUUGCAAACCAAUACCGACCCUUGAGGCUCUGCUAGAGUUCAAUAUUCAACCGCACCUUUGGAAAAAUCUCGUCGAACCGAUAGCACCGCGUUCGCAGUCCCGCAACCUGGGCGAACGGUACCAGGUGAUCGACUUCGACGCUGGUCCGGUCGAGUACGUAGCAAACCAGUCCCGGCCGCAGGUGCUGCUGUGUCACGACUUUAAGGGCAACUACCUGAACGACAAGUACAUCAAUGGCGUGCAGGGCGAGGGCCAGUGGGUCGAUUAUCGGUUCUACAAUUGGGCGGCGAUUGACAUCUUCUGCUACUUCAGCCACAAGUUCGUCACCAUUCCAACGCUUCAGUGGCUCAACUGUGCGCACAAGAACGGCGUCAAAGUGAUCGGCACGAUCAUCGUGGAGGCCGGCAACGUGCAGCUGAUGCACGACAUCCUCCAGUCGGAGGAGUUCAUGCGCCGGGUGGUGGAGGCCCUGGUGCACGUCUCGCGGGUGUGCCAGUUUGACGGCUGGCUACUCAACAUCGAGUGCCGGUUGGACGCGGCCAAGAUUCCGCUGCUGUGUGACUUUGUGCGGCUGCUGACGGAACGCUGCCACGAGGCGAUUCCCGGCAGUAUGGUGAUCUGGUACGAUUCCAUCACCAAGGACGGUCAGCUCGAUUGGCAGAACGAGGUGAACACGCACAACGAUCUCUUCAUGCUGUCGUGCGACGGGAUCUUCCUCAACUACGCCUGGACACGGUCGCACCUCGAACGUACCGAGAACUUUAUCGCCCGCUACUUUCCGGAGCGCCGGCUGCAGGUAUUCGUCGGUAUCGAUGUGUUCGGGCGGAGCAAGAAGGCCCAGAUGGACACGAACGCCACGCUCGAAGAGGUGCUCAGCUUCCCGUUCUCGGUGGCGCUGUUCGCACCGGGAUGGACGUUCGAGUCGCUCGAAGCGAACUCGAAGCAGGCCCAGCUCGAGCCGGACGACCGGAACGUGCGGUUUCUGGAGACUAACGAUCGCUUCUGGAAUCUGCUUUGGCGCUACCUGUACGUACGCGGUCCGACGCAGCUGCCGUUCUACAGCUCGUUCUGUCUCGGUUCGGGCAAGUUCUACAACCGGCUGGGAAAGACUCAGUCCGAUCAGUGCUGGUUCAAUCUGGGCAAGCAAAGCUUCCAGCCAACCAUCCCGUACACGCCGCCGCUCGAGUACGAGCUCCGGAACGAUGCGCUGUCACACUGGACGCACCAUUUCGAGGGUGCGCUGGACGGGGGCUCCUGUUUGAAGCUGCGCAACGAAGAGCAUGACAAGCGACUGUUUGCCUGCGAUUUUCCCUGCAUCUCGGACCUGAUCGUAAGUUACGCGUUCCGGCGCAACGAACCGGGCGACACCGAACUGGCGCUGGUGCUGAAAGCGUACCACACCCAGCGCCACGAUUGUCUGCGAAUCGUGUGCGGCGGCCUGGACUGCCACGUCACCAAUCGGUGGAACGAAAUGCGCGCCAUACCACUGGAGAAGGAGCAGAUGCUGCAGCUGCUGAAACUCGGCGCCAAACCGCAACUACCGCUCGCCGACAGCAUUAACGGGUGGGAGAUCAGAUACUACUAUCUCUCGGCGGAGCUAUUGCAGCAGGCCCAGGACUGGGACGCUCGAUUCGUCGACAUCGGCAUCAAACUGACUAAAUCCGCGACGGCGCAAGCAACUGACUAUGCCCUGCUCGGUGCCAUCAAUUUACAGGCAGGCUUCCCGGCCCAUCGCCAUCAGAUUCCUCAGCGGACCGCAUUUUCGUUCGCCAGCGACAGUGAGUCGGAUAUUAUUUAACCAAAGGUUAUUUCGCGUCAGCGAUGUUUGUGCCUUAUGAACCCAGCGCAUCUGUUGCCGCUGGGAAACCUGGUUUGAAUCA